AUGUCGACCUCUGCCCGCCGUCGUCUGAUGCGUGACUUCAAGCGCAUGCAGACCGAUCCGCCCGCAGGUGUCUCUGCAUCCCCCGUUGCCGACAAUGUUAUGACCUGGAAUGCCGUCAUCAUCGGUCCCGCCGACACCCCAUUCGAGGACGGUACUUUCCGUCUCGUCAUGCACUUCGAAGAACAAUAUCCCAACAAACCCCCUGGCGUCAAAUUCAUCAGCCAGAUGUUCCAUCCCAAUGUUUACGGCACUGGUGAACUUUGUCUCGAUAUUCUGCAGAACCGGUGGAGUCCGACCUACGAUGUGGCGGCCAUUCUCACCAGUAUACAGAGUUUGCUGAAUGACCCCAACACCUCCUCCCCGGCGAACGUCGAAGCAUCGAACCUGUACAAAGACAACCGAAAGGAAUAUAUCAAACGUGUGCGUGAGACAGUCGAGAAAAGCUGGGAAGACUAG